AUUCUGACAUAACAGAUGAGAUACAUGAAGAAGAUACCGAUGCACACUACAUACCAGACGAAAAUGAAACUGAAAAUUGGUUGGAGGAAAGAAAUCAGAUGGAAGAUGUUUCUGUUGAAAAAGAGAGGAUUUAUAUUGGUAAAAAUAAGUUCAAAUGGCACAAAGACCAGCCUCCAGUCAAUGUAAGGACUAGAAAACAUAACAUUGUACUCUCUCUACCUGGACUACGACCAAAAGCUAAACAGCU